CGAUUGUAGAUGUUAUAACUAGUUCAUGGUGUUUAACACCAGAUGCCGCGUUCGAUUAGUAAGUUAGUGCCGCAUUAUCGCAUUGCCAUAUGUCACUGCGAUCGUUUUAAGGUUAAGUUUUGGUGAUGUAUUUUAGUGAGUUUCGUUUAUUUACGUUUUGAACUCCAAUAAGUACGGACGCAAAAUAAUUUGCUCGUUUGUUUGAAUAUUUUGAACACUGAGUUUUAAGGAUGAUCAUCCCAGUUCGAUGUUUCACUUGUGGCAAAGUGAUAGGGAACAAAUGGGAGGCCUAUUUGGGACUGCUACAAGCCGAGUACACUGAGGGAGAUGCCCUGGACGCCCUGGGUUUGAAAAGGUACUGCUGCAGAAGGAUGCUGCUGGGCCAUGUGGACCUUAUUGAGAAGUUGCUUAAUUAUGCCCCUCUAGAGAAAUAAAGGGCUGAUUUACUACUAAGUCUCUUGUUUUGUAACAGUUUUAAUGAUUUAAAUGUAAUAUUUCUUUUAAUAUUAAAUAAUUUGCUUCAAGAAAA